ACACUACAACUCUAAUGUUCUGCUGAACCUGUUGCUGAGCUACACUGCGAGCCUGUAGCCUGUAGCCUGCAGUUGUAGCCGCAGUGAAUGCUACCUACCUGUAGGUGGUGUUAUGAUAAACACGGAGGCGGGCUUCGUGGAAACAUGUAAACCACACUAGCACUCGAUAGCGAGGAGGGGCGACCUACGAGGCCAUUGCAGCGUAGGUAGUGGAGACGGUGAAUCGGAGCCGCGAUGAAUUGCUUUGCUUUGCUCAGGUAGGCUAACCUUCGAGCGACACAUUAUAAAAGUAACCUUCAUAACUAUUUGUCUUAUGCUUUCGUUCAAGUGGCAUUUACGCAACAGGACUGACGAGUAGUGUAGAUCCGUCGUUUGAAAACAUUGGCUGUUUUGCCUCGGUGGACACGAAGGGUCUGUCGAGGAUGCCAUUGUCAAUGCGCGAAGAUGGUGUGCCCAAAGGUGAAUAAACGCGGGGGCGUUUUACCUCAGAAAGGUGACUGGUUUUGAGGCAAUGCGGUUGUUUACCUCUGACAAGGAGUGUAUUUUCCACAACAUUGGUCGCUGUGAGCGUAAUAGGAAGAUAUACUGAAUUGUCUCUGUUGAGCCACUGGUCAAGUCAAAUGAUUAGCCUAGUUUCCGACGCUAAUCCUCACCGAUACCAUGUAUUCAUUACGGAACAAAGGAUUGUGAUCAAGGACUCGACGGUGCUGUCUUUCUCUGAAUAUUUCAAUAUCCCCAAAACGCGAGAAUGGAGCCGUUUUUACAGAUCGCGCCCCAUUCUCUUGCCAUUGUGCUGUCGCGGACAGGAGGGGAUGACUCGCCAGGUGUUACAGAGAGCGACGCCCCACCGCACCAUCACACAGGUUACGAGAUAUUUGCGGAUUUCAAAUCAGAAAACAUGCAACAUUUCUGGAAUAAAAUGGUAUCAGACGCCAUAGCUGAGACGUUUUUUCUUGGCUGGAUUGACGAGCACGUGCUGUUGAUCCAAGGCAAAGAGGAUCACCUGGAGGUUCUACGAGAGGGCUGGAUGAGGCGAACUCUCAAACCGCCGCAGGGCUUCGACAUAAAGUACCUGGGUGAUGUGUCUCCUAUCAGCAUGUCGCCUAUCAGCCAGUCCCAGUUCAUCCCGCUGGGGGAGAUCCUGUGCCUGGCCAUCUCGGCCAUGAACGUGGCCCGCAAGGCCGUCACUCAGGAGACCCUCGUCGAUCAUCUGGCAGCAUGCUUCCCAGGUGUGCCCACUCCCAGCCCGGAGAUCCUGCGGCAUACGCUGAACAUAUUGGUGCGUGAGCGCAAGAUCUACCCCAGCCCCGAGGGCUACUUCAUCGUGACGCCGCAGACGUACUUCAUCACGCCGUCCCUCAUCCGCAGCAGCAGCAAGUGGUACCAUCUGGACGAGCGGAUACCAGAGCACCUGCAACAGCAGCCUCAGCCGCUGCAGCACCUGCAGUCGCCGCAGCAGUGCACGUCCCCUCACGCCGGAGUCAUGACCCCUUCCUCCUCGGGAUGCGUGAGGGAGAGGUCCCACCACAAGAACCACAGCGAACCUUACGUCGUCGGCUACCGGGAGGAAGCUCCUGGUCACCAUCACCAGCACUCUUCCACAUUGCAGAGGAGGAUAGCCAAGGAGCACCGGGACCUCCACCCCUCUCCUCCAACGCAACAUCCCCAGGCUUUGCCGCCGCCCACGGAGAAGACCAAGAGCACCAUUAGCUUCCCGUUCAAGAGUGACACGAUGGGCAAACACAAAGACAGCAGCAGCAGCAGCACGGGUGUUGGUGGGAGCGAGAAGCAGUCCAAGAAGUUUGGCCUCAAGCUCUUCCGCCUAAGCUUCAAGAAGGACAAGACCAAGCAGCUGGCUACUUUCUCUGCCCAGUUCCCACCUGAGGAGUGGCCCCUGCGGGACGAGGAGACGCCCACGACGGUGCCGCGGGAUGUGGAGAUGGAGAUCAUCCGGCGGAUCAACCCGGACCUGACGGUGGAGAACCUGGCGCGGCACACUGCGGUGAUGAAGAGGCUGGAGGAGGAGAAGGCACAGCGCAGCAAGGCCAGCUCUUCCGCCCAGCAGAGCGGCCGCAGCAAGCGCAGCCGCAGCCACCGCAAGGUGCCGCAGGGCAAGCCUUCGCGCUCCCACAGCAAGACACGGGUGUCUCGGGGGAACCCGUCCGAGGGAUCGAACUUGGACAUAGCGGCAGAGCGCGAGUACCGUGACUACCGCUUCUACAGCUCGUCGCUAGUGCGGUCGCCGCGUGAAGCGAUGUACUCCAUGGAGCGCAACCGGGGGAAGCACAUGGUGCACAGCAACCCCAACAUUGUGGAGUCGCACUUCACCACUGCGCCGGAGUGGGAUGUGUCUGGUGAGCUUGCCAAGCGGCGGACAGAGGUGCCCUUCCCUGAGCCGUCCAGGGCAUCCAACCACUCCAAGGUCCACCGCAGCCACAGUCAUACCCAGGAGAGGAAGUCACGCAACGAGAGGUCGGACAAGGCCAAAGAAAGGUCCCGUUCCAUGGACAAUUCCAAGGGGCCAUUGGGGGGCCCCUUUUUGGACAUGCCGGAGGACUAUGAGUUUAGCCCCGAGGAUGGGAGUCGGUACUAUACCGACGAUGGGACACUUAGGGCUUCGGCCCAGGCCGCCCAUUUCUCCCGAGGCCUGCUCUCUGCUGCUAAUUUAAGUCCGGACGUUUUUGUGCCUGACAUGGGAAGGGUAACGCUCGAGAGCACAGGGUUUUGUCAGCCCAUGCAAAAGAGUAGAAGCCGAGACAGUUUACAGCCGAUCUACAGCGAAAUGAAAUCCAUUUCCCCGAAGCCGUCCGCUGCCGACGAGAACUACUUCCAAUGCAACACACUGAAUGAAGGGGUCCUUCCCGGGCCUUCCCCGCACAACUUUGCAAUGGACGCCCUGCGAAUAGGAAUCCACGCCGAACGACAGACCCCCAUCCUCACCUCCCUUCAUCCUGUGGAAUAUAAAGACGACACUGCAAAGGGACAGGGUGGCAUGUCUCUACAGGUGCCUAGUCAGACACUCGAACCCUUGCCAAAUGGCCGAUAUUUGCAUCAGCCCCCCUCUGAUUUCAACAAGGGAGACAAAAUGGCAGAUGUCUACAACCAGGAAACGCUGCUCAAACCACCUGACUUCGUGGGCAGUGGUUACCCAGAGCUCGGCACUCUUUGCACGGCCGCAACAACACACGCCAAGGCCCCAGAUGCCGUUGAUGGUCAAGAGCGGUUAGAAAAUCCGUGCACGCCGCCUCCCUCACCGAGCCGAGAGCAGGCGGCGUGCGCGGACCCAAGUGCCAACACCACCUACGACUACUACAACGUGUCAGACGACGACUCUGAGGAGGCGUCCCGUAAGACGGCCCGAGAGGAGAAGGCUAUGGAGGAGGGCGGCACCAUGCAGUGGCUCCUGGAGAGGGAGCGCGAGCGUGACCUCCAGAGGAAGUUCGAGAAGAACCUCACCUUCCCUGGCCCCAAGGAGAGUGAGAACGGCAGCAGCCAGAAGUCGGCCCACUCCACACGACUUGACAGUAUGGACAGCAGCAGUGUGACUGUGGACAGUGGAUUUAACUCGCCACGCACGCGGGAGAGCCUGGCCUCGAACACGUCCAGCACCGUGGAGAGUAGCAGGCGUCAGACUCUGGCCUUGAGCCCCCGGCACGCCAGUGGCAACCCCCCACCCUAUCCCUAUCGCCACCCCCCUGAGGCGCCCACCACCCGAACUGAGAGGACACAAAAAGCAUCCAUCACAAGUGUAUAAUCUUCACAGAACCCGACCAGGGGGAAGAGCUGGGUGGAAAGACUGUUUUAUCCUCCAUUAGAUGUUAACACCCUGCAAAACAACACUUCUCAAGCUGCCCCGUGUCAAAGGGAGAAAAAAAACAAUACCAGCAAAAGCCAGUGUUUGGUAAAGGCUUUUUUUAUGGGUGCUCUGAAUGCCAUGAAACAUUGCAUACACUCACAUGUCAAACUGAAAUACAACAUAAGAUUUGUAUAGAAAUCAUCUGACUUUUUAAAGACCCCUGUAUGAGCCACCGUGCACGGCCUGUUGUAAUCUACGGGUAAACCCUCACUGACUUGGCCGAGUUUAUUUUAGUCGUUUUCUGUAGUGUAUUUGGCAUUAACUGUCUCGAGUCUCGUUUUGUUUUCUUUUCACCUUUCAAUGGGUUGAGUCUGAAAGUUAUUCUCUCAGGUCAGAUGUAGUCACACUUCUGCACACUUGUCAUGUACUAUAUUGACUGGCGUGCAGAGCCACAAAACAACUCGUUCGUCGCCACAGAUGCUGGAAGUUUCUCUCCUCUUGCCUGCUGUCUAAUGUGUCGCCAUACAGAUGUGCUGGGUCUCCUUGGCUCUUUGCUUCAAACACUGAUCGUUUAGGCUGCAUCACUAAUAACAGUGCCGCUGCUGCUGCUGUGGUCUAUGUGGAUACACACUCAUUUCUGAGGACUUACAGUAUGUUUACAUUUUGAUUUAUUUAUUUUGUAGACACAUCCCACUCCUCAAUAGCUGUAUGUAAAUAUUUCAUGAAGUCCUGUGGUAACUGAAAGGCUCAAAAGCAUCUAACACAAGGUAUUUGUAUCUCCUAAAUCGAUAAUCAUUUCUCGGGAACGAUCAUUAUUGUUUUUUGAAUCACCUUGUGUAUAUUGUUCGUUUUCUUCCCACCUGUCAACUUUGUUCCCAGUACCAGAUUCAUUCCACAUUUACAAAGAAAGAAAACAAGUUGAUUCACUUGAAUGAUUCACUUUCAAACAGAGGCAAAGGCCUGUGAUCUAUCAGAGAUCCCUCUUCUCCAUAAGCUGUGAUGGUCUAUUGACAUGGCACUGUUCAAAAAACACAUCUCAUUUAUAAGCAUGGAGAAUUUCCUAUUAAGAACACCAAGUGUUUACCUCACCAGACAAAGUAAACAGACUUGACAUUUUUGAUACAAUUCCCUCCUGGUGCUAAAUUCAAUAAACAUUUUAAUCCCUGAAAAAACUAAACCCGGCUAAAUCCUGAUACUUAUUCUUUUUUUAUUAUUUGACAUUUGAAUUUGCAUGUUUGGAUCUGAUCUCAGAAACCGCGCUGAGUUACACAACGGACCUACACUGACUAUUGCACACAAAUCUACCUCCUCGAUGUGUACGAUGGCAAAGAGAAGCCAAGAGUGUUGGUUUUUCCCGGUCAAACGAAUUCACUUGUCAGCCUGUAUCCUCUGAAUGUGACAGAUUCACAAAUGGACCUUUAUUUAAAUAAAAAAACUGCUCACUAGUCAUGUCAGGUGCUAUUGUUUCCUGUUGUAAUCCUCACACUAGUAGUGCUAUAGUGAACUAUCAGGCCAAGGGUGUGACACCCUUUAAUGUUCAUGUUAGGGUUGGACACUUCAGCUCUCUCUACUUGCAUAGGGAUCCAUGCCCAGUUCUUCUUGGAUGGAUAUUUCUUUAAAAAUCACAUUGUAAAUUAUUAAGGCGGGACGGAUUUCCAUUCGCGACCAUAUUUCUGUCCUCUGUGUAUUUCCUGCCAUCAAACUUAAAUUUUAGGACUGCAAAUAUAGCUUUCAACUGUUCGUUCACUACAGUCCACUAACUAUACACUGCAUUUACAGUAACUCCUUCAAAUAAAAAUUGUUUUGUUGCCAGGAAUGCCUUGUAACACAUUUGCACUAAAAGACCUGGCCUCUGGUAAACGUUCAAAUCCAUCCAAGAAGGAUGUCCUGUUUUUACUGAAAAUGUUUCAUAUGAAAUAGCCUACAGACUGUCCAUGGAACGUCUUCCCUGAACGUUAUGGAUUUCUAAUACUGCUCAGCAAACAUGGUGUCAUGAUGUUUCUCUGUCAUGCUUAGUAUAUUAAAGUAAAAGAGGGAUUUUUGUAAUGUCUAUAAUAUUCAAGUCCCUAUCUGUGUAGUUUUGGUGUUUACUGUAAUAGUGUAAACAGUAUGAUCUACCCUCAGGGGUCUGGUGUUACUUUUUAAACCAAUAAAAAUAACAUGUUUGGUUACACCUUAA